UGGUGGGCCUGCUUGGGCGCUUGCGGCUUGAUCAUGAUUUUGCAGAUUCCAGAGCUUCAAAGUUCCAACUGCACAAGAAAGGUUCAGUGUGCAGCGAACAUAAAACAGGUGCCCACAUGCGCAGGACCAGGAAUCAAGCAGACCAUUGGCAUCAGACAUUCUCCAGCUCUCUCUCAGCUCCACAAGGUGUCAAGCAAGGGCCUGUUACGUCUUUUGAUUCAAGUUCUGCGGCGGUUGUUUUUGUUGGGGACCUGGGUUUUGAAACAAAAGAAGGUGCCAUCAGAGACCAGGAACGAUGCCAAAGUCUAAGAGAAACAAAGUUGUGACGUUGAGUCAGACGAAGAAGAAAGGCCGCGAGCAAAAAGAGGGUGUCAUUAACAAAGUCCGGGCAUGCUUUGACGAGUAUUCGUCAAUGUAUGUGUUCCGGUAUGAAAAUAUGCGGAACACGAAACUGAAGGAGCUGCGUGACCGCUUGGCCAGCAGCAGCAGGUUCUUUCUGGGGUCGAACAAGGUGCUGCAAGUCGCCCUUGGCAAAACCGACGCCGAGGAGUAUAGGGACGGUGCUCACAAAGCGGCAGAGCUUGUCAGCGGCAACAGAGGGCUCUUCUUCACCAACUUAAGCAAAGAUGAAGUGAUGAAGCUAUUCGAAGACUACGAAGAACUCGACUACGCUCGGACAGGAACGAAAGCGACGAAAACGGUAGAGCUGCCGGAGGGGCCCCUAGAAAUGUUCACGCACGACCAGGAGCCGUUCCUUCGGAAACAAGGCAUGCCCACGAAACUAAACCGAGGAGUGGUAGAGCUGGUGUCCGACUUCACGGUGUGUAAAGAAGGGGCGCCGCUCGCCCCCGAAGCCGCCAGAAUACUGAGGCUACUAGGAGAACAAUUGGCAGCCUUUAGAAUAACCCCUAUAGCGCUCUGGACGAGUGACAGCUUUGAGCUUUUGGUCAGCGAAGAGGAGGCGGCUCCGGGCGCGCAGGACGAUGAAGGGGAGAUGGAGGAAGUAGAGACGAUAGAUAUGUAGGUCAAGCAAUCGCACAGCCUUCAUAGGACACCUCAACGAUCCAAGAAAAGUGAUGCGCAUUUUUCCGGGAUCUUAUGUUUCAGCCAUUUAGUUAAGAGUUUCCGUUUCUGGCAGCGCAAGCUUGUGAGCCCACUCCUUGAUUCUCGCACAUCAGUGUGUGCAACUGAUCCCCUUUUGUUGUCACAUCUUUCCGCUCUACCUUAAGCUUAUGCACAGCGA